AUGUCCGGAGUUGCUGGUGGAGCAAGCAAGAAGAGCAGUAGUAGAUCAGUUGCUACGAAAACUCUUAUCAUUCAAGAAUAUAAACGACGACUACGUGACAAUAUUCGCUCUCUCAAUGACAACUUUAUUAACAUCUUGAAUGCCACAAAGAUCAACACUGACGAUGCUGCACAUAAGAACAGUUCUGGAAAAAUGACUGAAUACUACACAAUUAAAAACGAAAUGGCCGCACGUGCUGCUCUAAUCGUAAGAGCUUGUGACGAACUUUUGAAGUUGACCAACGAUCUUAAAGAGUUCCUCAUAUUACACGACUUCAAUUUCUUAACGCAUGCUAUAAAGUCGUAA